UGGAGCUUGUAGUAAUUAAAACUCAGCAUACAGAAGAAGAAUAUAGAAAUAAUGCAAAUGGCAGGAGUGAAGUUCAUUAGCUACUCAUCUUUAUACUCGGCUACUUUCUCAAAGAGGCCAUCGGUUAUUAGAGAAGUUUAUUCACUGAAGAAGAAGAAGAAUUAUAAGCUUCCUCGUUUUGGUAAUCCAUUAUUCAUGUCAACAAAAUGCCAGAGUAUAUCAUCAUCAUCAUCACCACCACCAUUAUUGUCAAUAGAUCAUGAUCCAGGGAUGGUCGCUGAUUAUUAUGACAAUUAUAAGAGUACUACCUCGGAAGAGCUGUUGAUCAAAAAGGUUGAAAUGGCAUUACGAAAACCUACUGAUGAUCAAAGUUACAAAAUGAGGCUCAUAGAUAGCAUCCAACGGUUGGGAGUUGGCCAUUAUUUCGAAGAAGAAAUCAAAGUAAUCCUUCAGAUGUUGUCAGAUUUCAAUUCCGGCCAAGAUGACCUCUUUAACACGGGGCUUCGUUUUCGGCUACUCAGGCAUAAUGGCUUUCCAACUACCUCAGAUGUUUUUGACAAAUUCAUCAACCAAAAAGGAGAAAUAGAGGAUGUAAUAAUGGGCCAAGACACAUUGGGUAUGCUGAGCUUGUAUGAGGCAUCCUACCUUGCAGCAAAUUGUGAAGAAUCAUUGGUGAAGGCAAUGGAAUUCACAAGAUCUCAUCUGAAAAGUUCGAUGCCUUUCAUAACCCAAAAGCUACAAAAUGAAGUUGCCAAAGCCUUGGAGCUCCCUAGACACCUGAGGAUGGCACCAUUAGAAGCUCGAAACUACAUCGACGAAUAUGGCAAAGAAUUAAACCACUGCCCUGCUCUUCUUGACUUAGCCAAGUUAGAAUUUAACGAGCUUCAGUCACUCCACAAAAGAGAAUUAACCGAGAUCAUAAGGUGGUGGAAACAGUUGGGUCUGGUUGAGAAACUUGGUUUUGCAAGAGAUCGACCCUUAGAAUGUUUUCUAUGGGUAGUGGGAAUAUUCCCUGGGAAAUGCUAUUCCAACGUCCGGAUUGAGCUGGCCAAAACUGUUUCAAUCUUACUAGUCAUUGAUGAUAUCUACGACACUUACGGAUCUUUGGAUGAACUCCACUUGUUCAAUCAUGCAAUUCUAAGAUGGGAUCUUGGUGCAAUGGACAAGCUUCCUGAGUACAUGAAAAUAUGUUACAUGGCACUAUACAAUACUACUAAUGAAAUUGGCUACAGAGUUCUCAAAGAACAUGGAUUAUGCGUUACACAACACUUAAAGAAAGUGUGGUUAGACAUAUUUGAUGCAUUUCUAACCGAAGCAGAAUGGUUCGACAAAAAAUACACUCCAACUCUAGAGCAAUAUUUAACAAACGGCGUAACUAGUGGAGGAUCCUACAUGGCCUUAGUGCACUCAUUUUUCCUCAUAGGUCAUGGUAUUACAGACCAAACUAUAUCAAUGAUGCACCCAUAUCCUGAGAUCUUCUCCCACUCAGGCAAAAUUCUAAGACUUUGGGAUGAUUUGGGAACAGCCAAGGAGGAGCAAGAGAGAGGAGAUGUUGCUUCUAGCAUAGAUUGUUAUAUGAAAGAAGAGAAUAUUGAAUCGGAAGAUGAGGCCAGAAAACACAUCAAGAAACUGAUUAGAAGCUCGUGGAUAGAGCUAAACGGAGAGUUGAAGGCUCCUAGUGCAUUGCCUCGGUCGAUCACCACGGCCUGUUUUGACCUUGCUAGAACAGCCCAAGUCAUCUAUCAACAUGGAGAUGAUCAAAGCUUUUUAAGCGUAGAAGAUCAUGUACAAUCUUUGUUUUUUCGACCCUGUCAAUGAUUUUUCAUCAAAACCAUAUAUAUGUAUAAUAAUACAACAUUAGCAUCAUACACGAAGUUUUUACCAUUAAAAAAAUGAAUGGAAAAUGCAAAAAUAGAAUUCCAUUCAAGAACUUCGAGACCCAACAAAUUACGCAAUUUAAUCAUGUCAUAUCUAAAUUCAGUUGGAGUUGGGAUUUAGGGACUAAUACAAAAUUUGAUAUAAUAAUAAUUACAUUAAAUAAAAUUGUACUGUUUUUUCUUUUCUUUUUUUUUUUUACUAUAAAAAAUUGGGGACAUUAUAAGAAAACCAAAAAGUUCUGGCC